GCGCUUCGUGAGAGAAAAAGAUCACAAUCACGAAGAAUUGAUGUUGAGAAGAUAGUAGGCGACGUAUUAACCCGGUACAUACGGAGCGCUAGCCGUUCCAUAAAAAAGUAACAAUGGCUGAGGGCAUCCACGCGUCCCCCUUCGCCUUUGAGAAGGAGAACCUCGGCCAGACGCCAACGAAAAUAGACGCAGCUGGCAAAGCUCCGGGCUCGAUUCUGAAGCGUGAGAGGGCCGUGCUGGGAGAUCUGGCGCCGGUGUCUAAACACACAUCAACAAAGAGACAGAAGAAGGGGAGCAGGCUGGCCAACAGGCGUGUCAGCUUCGCACCGGAUGACCAGCUCAAGACCAUGCACCUGUACACAAAGGACGAUGAGAGGCAGGCUACACCAGAGAAGGCUCACGUGCCAGAGCCUGAUCACCAGCCCUUCCCAGAGCAGGACCUGACAGAUGGCAUGGGGAACACUUCGAUGCCUGUCUACGGGCUGGACAGCUGGAACCAGGAAUUGCAGGCUCUGAGCCCGCUGGAUAGCUUUGCCAGCCCCUCAGCUGUCUCCAUGGAGCUCACAGACAUCAGCCAGGAGUAUGACUACGCGCAGAACGACGACCUCAGCCACAACCUGACCGGAGAAUCCGUGGACAGAACCAAAGGCAUGCCAGAAACCAUCUCUGUGAAUUCCCUUCGUGGCAUAACUGAGGGCGUGCCUGGGCUUGCGGAGCUGGUGGAAGCUGAUGCAGCAGAGGACGAGUACCUGAGCAGGCUGCACAGGGGCAUGGGGCACGCCCCUGCACUGACGCCCCUCACAGAGGAGACUGAGGCCGACCUGCGCUCCAGCUCCUACAUUAGAGGAGCCUCCACCACUGGUCUGCAGUCCACGCUUGGCCAAGGCGAGCGGGACCGCAUGUCAUCCUCCUUUGCGCCGCGCGCGGACGAGACGGAAGACAUGUCGCUCAACAGCGUCAGCGGUGCGGCGGGAGCCGAGGACGGCGGCACGACCGUGCACAGCACGGGGGCGUUCUCAUCCCUGGGAUACACCAAGGUUUUGGAGGGCGGCGUGCAUCCGGCAUGGGGCGUUGCCGCUAAUGACACCGGUCUGCUUGGGCCAGUAGCUGCCGGCGCGCUCGACAGCCCCGGGGCCGGCUUUGGUGGCGCGGCUGCCCGGCCGGGCGGCGCAGCCGUGCCCGGCGGGCAACAGGUCAACAAGUGGGGCUUUGUGCCGGGGGACGAGGACACCACUGACCUGGACCUGGAAAGGAAUGGUCUGGCAGUUAUGGGAGACUUGACCUAUCGUCACGUCUUUGGCGGCAAUGACACGACUGGGGAGGUCACAAACAGGCAGCUCCCCGCCAAUGACACGACCGAUGACUCGCUCUUUGUUCAGCUGCAGAGCCAUGCAGUGCAGGAGACAGAGCACGCUGUCGACACACGGCCCCUGGAAGAUGCAACAAACGCCAGCGGAUAUGGCCAAGAGGAGGAGGCAAUGGAAGCUCCCGGGUAUGCGCUGCCGGUCUUCGAGGAUGCGCCGGCAAGCCCGAUGCAAGCGCCGUCCCCUGUCGAGCCGGCUGAGGCCCCGCAAGAGGAGUCCGGUGAAGGGUUUGGGGCACAUGCAGGCUUUGGCAGCACGGUGCGCAGGCGCCGCUCCAGUAUUGCAGACCUGACCGGGCGCUUACUAAUCGAUGACAUGGACGAUGAGAGCGCCCCCCUGGCGGCCGCGCCCCCCAACUCCCCGCUCAACGACAGCUCGGGCGCCAAGGGCACAGGCAAGGACAUGACUACCGGGCUGCUGCUGGAGGACAUUACUCCGCCGGCCGAUGGCGCGGAUGACGGCCCUCUCGGCGAGCUGCGCCGCCGCCUCACCCUGCUGCAGGGGCCACAGGCGCGCCCCCUGCCCUCCGCUCCACUCAUUGUUACGCACAACAUGCAUUCUUCUGGUCCAUGGCGCUUCUCUGCCCCAACUACAGUUUCCCAGAAGCCGAUGGAAACGAGCGAAUUCGGACGCCAGGACAGCAGCGGGCCGCACACGCUGGGCAUGCUGCACGCAUCCACCACGCAGCUGCUGGCCACGCGCUCGCAUCUGCCGGCAGCCGCCGCGCAUGUGCCAGCACCUGCCGCCGCCGCCAUGCUGGCGGACCUGACGGCCACCUCGGCCGUCGCCGAGUGGGCGCCAGCCGCCGCCGAUGACAAUGACAUCAGCGGUGACGCGGGCGCUGAGCUGGAGAUGACACCUCCCCCGCGCACCCCUGCCGCACAGCCGCAGGUGGACAUGCAAGCAGAGGCAGGCAGGGAGGCAACUCAGGGAGGGAACAGCCCCGACCUGCUGGCAGACCAGUCACUGGAUGACCUGGAGGUCCCCUCGGAGCUGCCCUCCCAGUGGGGCCCCGCGCUCGUCGGUGGCGAGACCCCCCUGCGCAGCCUCUUGCCCGGUGGGCCGCUGCUGGCGCGCACGCCGCCGCCGUCCUUCCACGGCCGCCAGGGGUCCGCGAUGAAAAUCAGCGUGCGCCCCACUCCAAUGCGUGCGCUGCCCUCGCCAUCUCCCUCGCCCUCCCCGGUGCCUGCCGCGUCCCAGGUGUCGUACCCGAUGCCUGAGGUGGACACGAGGGAGCUGGACAGGAUUCCUGGAGGGCCCAAGCUGGCUCGCACCCCAAUCGGUAGCGUGCACAGCAGGGCGCCCUCUCCCCGGCAGCUGCCGCCCAGCCCCCAGCUGCAGGACCACACCAUGUCUCCCAUGCAGCAGGAUUUCCUGAAGGAGGUGGACUUGCAGUUCCUGGACCACAUGCGCCGAGGCACCUCCAUCAACUUUGCCGACCUCGCCUCCGACCCGCCCCCGGCCAACCUGCAGGAUGCGUACAAGCUGCUGUUCCUGACGGCGCCGGCCGUGGGGGAGAUGGAGGAGAGCAUCCGCACGCUGCGUGAGACCAUCGCCUCCGCCAAGGAAACCAUCGCCGACAAGGAGGCCCUCAUCGGCAAGCACAACCCGCGCCUCUUCCAGACCCUGCAGACGAGCGACGCGGCGGAGGUUGAGGGAAUAAAGGCGGGAGUGGCGGUGCUGAAGCGCGUGUGCCGCCAGCGCACGACGGUCGCCUGGAAGGACUGGCGCCACAGCGUUGAGGAACAGAAGCGCGUCGCCCUGCAGGACCAUCAAGCAAGGCUGAAGGAGGACCUGGCAUUCCUCGCCAGUGCCCUGCAGCAGGCGCGCCAGCUCAAGCAAGCGGCAGCCACCGCUGCUGCAGAGGCACUGGCCGCAGCCCAAACCCACACUGCAGCACACAGGGCGGAGGCAGAGCGGCGGCAGCGGCUGAGCGCUUUGAUGGGCAGCCUGCAGGCGCUGCAGCUGGACAACCAGGGACGAGCCGCCAGAAAGGCCGCCUCAGAGCAGCGCCUCUCCUCGCUGCAGGCCGAGCUGCGAGCGCUGCGAGAGCAGAGGGCGGCGCUGGAAGCUGCCCGGGCGGCCGACGCAGCUGCCCAGGCCGGGCAGAGCGCCGACAACCUCAGCGAAGCCUCCGCCGAGGCCUUUCUGUCCAAGGUCGAGGAGAUGGACAUUCUGAGCGGCUGUGUCGGCUGGCAGCUGGAGGCUGUGCACAGCGGAUCAGAGGACAUCCCAUGCAUCCGCGAGCUGUGCCUGCGCAUCGGGCCGCUGUUCCGGCUGCGGCUGCAGCUGCCGGCGUCCGGGACCAACAAAUGUUGUGCCCAUCUUGAACUUGUCAGCACAGAUGUGUGCCCCUCCAACUCCCCUUGCAGCCUGCUAAAAACCACCCUGACCUUCGCUCCUUUCACAUGUGCAGAGGAGGCGCCGGCGGUGCCGCACAUUCAGCGCCAGGCGGCACGCAUAUCGGAUGCGGCAGAAGAGGCGGUUGCUCUGCGGCUGGACUUUCCGCGACUGGCGUCCGUCACGGCCGGCCCCGACGGCGCGCUGUACCUUGCCUUCCUCAACCUUGCCGCCGAGACCAAGUUCUCUGCCACGCUGCGCCUCGGGCCGGAAAUGUUUGACGGGGAGGUGGCCUGCGACGCGCGAGUGCACUUCCCGGGCCCGGCCCGGCUCACCGAGGCGGCCGUGCGCGUGGCCGUCAAUUCCGCGCCGGCCGGCUACGGCCGCCUCCGCGCGAUCUGCGCUGCGCUCUCUGCGUUAGCCGACGCGCGUCAGCCGGCCGCUGCCGAUGCAGCGGCGGCUGGCUGCGCGGCGGAGGCGGCGGCCGAUGAGACGGCGCCGCUGCAUGUGUUCAGCAACCCGCUGUACUCGGUCAACACCCCCAAGCAGAUCUGCUGA